AUGGCCGCGGCUCCAACUGCACCGGGUGCGGCGCCGGGGGCGAAAAGCGCGCGGAAAGGGUCUGCCUUGGAGCUGUUGGCUCGGCCACCCAUCUAUUGGCUCUUCCACUCCUGGCGGCUCUUUGGCUACUCCGUCCUGAUCCCGCCAAUGUUGGCGUACAAGCCCUUACCAACCUUGGCACUGUUCGCAGCUUAUGCCAGCGUGCACCGCAAAAAGUGGUGGCAAGAGAACGCCCAUAGGAUCCUGGGGUUCGGGGCCUCGCGACGGCACCGCAUUGUCAAUGAGAACCAGCAUCUGAUCCGCGAGGAUCAGCGCUACCUCUUCGCCCUGCAUCCUCACGGGCUCUUGGCGGACGGCUGGCAUUCCAUCGUCGCUCGAAAUCUGGACUCCUUCGACGAGAAUGCCAAUGGACCACCGUCGGUGGGCCGCAAAAUCGCGCUUUGUUUUGCGCCAGUGAUCCAGCACGUGCCGGUGCAUCAGGAGAUGUACCGGAACUUGUGCUGCUCUGCUGACCGGGCCUCCAUCGUAAAGUGGUGGAAGACCAAGGACACGGACCCCGCGCUGAUCCCCGGGGGCUUCGCUGAGGCCUGCUUUGCCAGCUCCGCAGAGCGCCAGGUGGAAUACUCCUACCUCAAGGGCCGCAAGGGCUUCGUGAAGAUUUGCAUCGAGGAGGGCAAGGACAUCAUCCCGUGCUACACCUUCGGGGUGAACUGGAUGUACCGCACCCCGCGGAGCCUCCGGGGCCUUAGGGCGCGGCUCUCGCAGAAGAUCUUCGUGGGCGUCAUUCCCUUCUUCGGGUUCAUGGGCACGUCGAUGCCUCUGACGGACGAGACCACCACCGUGGUCUUCCCGCCCUUCGAGGCCUCCCGCUAUACGCCCGCCCAGCUGGACAAGGCGCACGAGGCGUACAUGGCUCACCUGAAGAAGCACUUCGAUCUUAACAAGGCCAAGUACGGCAUGGCGGAGGUGGAACUUGUCUUCGUAGGCAACGACUACAAAGACACCGACUGGGCCGCCCGCGCCCUGCACCGGUUGGGCUUGCUCUCGGGCCAUGUCGUAGGGCCGGCGCCGACAAAGGCGCCGCCGGUGCCAGCGCCGUUGUCGCGGUUGUGA